AUGGGGCGCAUGGGCAUCCAGAAGAAAGGGGACUUGGAAACAGAGAGCAGACUGUCCAAACCAAAGGUCCGUCAGGCCCAUCACCAGGUCAGUAUCAAGGUCUCUCCCAAGGACGCUGAGAUGAAAACAGCAGAAGAGCCAACCUCAAGUCUUGGGCAGACCCUGGAGUGGCUGAGAAAGGAGCUGGCUGAGAUGCAGGUCCAAGACCAGAGACUUCUGCUCACGCUGAAGCAUCUUCACGGUGUCCUGCAGGAGCUGCGUGCAGAGAGUGCCCACUGGGAGGAUGCCAGAUCCAGUGGCGGGACCUCCCCCAUCAGACCUCGAGCAGGCUCUGAAGGCAGGGGCCACCAGCCCUUUUCCUCCAGGGGCCUGGCCCAGCUCCUCCAAGGGGUAGACAGCAGACGAAGCUCCCUCCCUUAA